GCUACCUGGAAUAUUUUCCGUCAAUUCAAGGUAGAAAUGGUCGAUCGUAACAGCUUACGCAUAUAUACAUGUGCGUGUAUAUAAAUAUACAUACAUACAGUAUAAUUCUACAGUAUAGUUCGCAAAUGUCACUAUGUAUAAUAGCGGCUGAGAGAUUUGGGCUUCUAGUUGAAUCGUACUUAGAUUGUACUUGCGCCAUGUGACACUUCCGUUGCUUUGUGAUAAACGCUUAAUCGUUAGCCGCUGUGGCAACCGGCGGCUGUUACAGUUUCUUCGACCGCUCUCCUAAGAAACGAAGUAUUCAAUCGAUAAGGAACGCAGUGACACUUCAUCAAGCGAACGUGAAGGGGGUGGAAGGAAGUUUUGACCUGCAGCAACUCGCUAUAUCGUCUGGGAAGCUCAAAUGUCUGUUACCCCGAAGGAGACCCCCGCCCCCUGGCAGGAGGGUUUGAGUCAUCCGUUAGCGAGACUAUCAUCUAUGUAUGACAAUGCCGAAUUAUCCGAUCUCACCAUCACCUUUCCCAAUGACGAGUUAUCUCUGAAGGUCCAUCGACUCAUACUGGCCAUGAGCUCACCAGUGUUUGAAGCAAUGUUCUACGGUCCCAUGGCAGAAAAAGCAGACCUCACACUUCCUGAUGAUCCACCAGAGGCAUUUGUAUUUCUUAUGGGAUACAUUUACAAAGGAAACGCAUCUCUGCCCAAUGUUGAUAUGGCAGUCAUGGUGUACAAGCUUGCAAACAAAUACCAGAUGAGUUCCCUUUUUUCUGUUUGCUCUGAGUAUCUACAGUCCCGCGUAGACCUGAACAACUUGGCCUUGGUGUAUGAAAUGUCGUUUCUGUAUGAGGACUCGGAGCUGAAGCAGAAGUGUAGGAAAGUUGUGAGUGAGUCGCGCGAGAUCCUGUCUUCACCAGGCGUUGGCCAACUCACAGUGCAGUGCAUGGAGGAUCUUCUGCAGCAGGAACUGCCUGUCCAAUCAGAAGUUGCUGUUUUUGAAGGACUCUUGCAAUGGGGAACAUUACAAUCAGGCAACUCCUCAACAUCCGCUAAGUGCCCCAAAGGCCUUCGUCAGGAGAUCGAAACGUUGCUGCCGCACAUCCGGUUCCUGACAAUGACUCUGGACGACUUCGUGGAACACGUGAUGCCGUCUGGGGUGCUGACACCAGAGGAGAGCAACGCCAUCAUGAUGAACAUCAAGCGUGUUCUAAAUAUCACACUGCCUGCCAUUUGCAGUCCCAACAGAAAGACUAGGCUCUCCUACCAAAUCUCUCUUGGAAGGGGGAACAAUAUUGGUGAAAACCCCACCAUGAUUAAACGUGGAUCGAAGUUAAUCGAGGAAGAACCAUUCGCUGCCCUAGAUGAUCUUUAUGGGGAACUUGCCUUUCCAGAAACCUUCUGCCUUUCUCAUCAACAAUGGCCAGCAGGCAGUAUUCUCUGGGCAUGGAUGUCAUCAACUUACUUCCAAUAGAAUUAGAAAGUGAUGUUGAUGAUAAUUUAGAGGUUGGAGGGAAGCAGAUGACCUUGAAAUGACUACGACGACGACGAAAAGGGGAGACGGUGUGGGGGUUUGUGGGUCUGUGCCUUUUGUUGUGACAGAGAUUACAUCAGCUCAUGUCAGUAAACCAUCGACACGCUGAAGGGAGAGAGAGAGAGAGACUAACAUUUCUGAGCUUUAUCUUAUGACAUGUUCUUACAGAAAUCUUCCUAACUGCAAUAAUGGCUAUACACCCUCAUAUAUUAUUAAUAAAAAAAAAAAAAAAAAAAAAAAAAAAA